GCGGCUGCCACCAGACCCAUCUGCCUGGGCAACACGGAUGUUAAGAUCCUAGCCGCCGCCUGCGUCAUGCCCAUUGCCGCGAACUCUGCUAGCCUGAUAGGGGCUGAACAGAAGUGCGUCAGCGGGAGGGACAUGAUUGAGAACGUGGCGAGGGCGGAGGCUUGGGGGGUGGAGAAAUACAUGUCGGCAUCUUCAGACGCGGCUUUACUGUUGACUGACUUCGCGUCAGCGUUUCCUAGCCGGGCGCAGGAGUGGCUUUUCUUCGUGCUUGAGGCCAUGGGCAUUCCUUCCCCGCUCGUCCACUUCUUCCGAAUGGUGUACUCCGAUAACACCGCUAUCCUCUCACUUCGUGGUCGUCGUCAUGGGCUUAUUCGUAUCGCGUCUGGGGUCAAACAAGUCUGCCCCGCCUCCAUGUUCCUCUUCGUUCUCGCCGUGAACCCUCUGUUGGCAUGGAUUAGGGCGUCCCUCGGCUCAGCGCUGGGACUGUCUCUUGCAUAUGCCGAUGACUUCGAAUUUGGAGUUGAGCGAAUCGCCUCAUCACUCAAAGCGCUUCUUGACAGCUUGGAAGCAUUGGCGGCGGUUGCCAACUUUCGGCUGAACUUUCGGAAGUGCCAGGUGGUCGUCUGCGGGGCUAUGGACACAUCACCCAUCCGCUCCCUCCUCCGCUCCUUUGGCGCGCCCUACAACCUCAUUCAGGUCUCCCUCUCCGCCGCCUACCUUGGCUUCCCGAUCGGCCCCGAGGGCGCCGCGCAGGAGCUGGUGUCCGCCUACCGCAACGGAGUGCUCCUCCUCACCUCGGGGCCCAGGAACGCCAUCUCCUACAACGUCGCCACGAAACUUACCCGCAUCGGAUUCGCCACUGAAUUCCUGGAGCUCGACGCG